ACAACAGAAAUGUAUUAUUUCACUUUUGGCCAGAAGUCCAAAAUCAAAGUGUCAGCAGGGCUAUGUCCCCUCCGAAGGCUCCAGGGAAGGAUCCCUCCUUGCCUUCUCUAGCUUCCAGUGGCUCCAGGUGUUCUUUUGACUUGUGAGUGCCUGACUCCAAACUCCACCUCUGUCUUCACAUGCACUUUUCCUCUUUAUCCCUAUCUCUUUCCUCUAUUGUCGCUCUCAAAUCCCCCCUGUGCCUUUCUCUUAUAGGAAUACUUGUCAUUGAAAUUAGGGCCCGCCUGGAUAAUCCAUGAUGAUCUCGUCUCAAGAUCCUUAACUUAAUGGCAUCUGCAGAGACUGGUUUAUCAAAUAAGGCACUACAGGAGUUCCUGGAGGAUACUGGUCUGAAGUUAGCAUGACCUUGACCCAAGAAACUUAUAGUCCUGAUAAGAACUUCCAUCAGAACUCCAGAUGUAAGUCACGCUUCCUGGGUUACGCUAUUGGUGGUGAUGGUGGGAGAGGGAAGGAGGGUGGGAUGAAGUAAGAGCCUACUAGUCGUCACAGAUGUGUAUGGCUUUGACUGCCAGGCAUAGGAGUCUGGUAGUUUUGAGGGUCUAUCAGUAUAUGAAGUCCUUUGAUCUUCUUGGCUUCCAGAAGGUAGCACAGGCCUUGCUGUUUGCCCAGGCCCAUGGGGUCAGCCCUCUUGGGUACCGUGGCAUGCAGAUGAGGGUGCUCACCCAAGACACCCUGUAGUGCUGAUUACUGACCGAAGGCACUGAAUAUCUGAUAUACUUUGGACAAAUCUCAUGUUGAAAGUAGAUCCCCAGUGUUGGAGGUGGGGCCUGGUGGGAGGCAUUUGGAUUGUGGGGUCAGAUCCUUUAUGGCCAUUUGGUGCCAUCCUUGUGGUAAUGAGCAAGUUCUUGAUCUACUAGUUCCUAAGAGAUCUGGUUGCUAAAAAGAGUCUAGCAGCAUCCUCCGCUCCCUCUCCUCCUCUCUUACCAUGUGGUAUGCACACACCGGCUACCCUUCACCUACUGCUCCAGCGCCACGCGUCAUGUACAGCCUGUAGAACUCUGAGCCAAGUAAACCUCUUUUCUUUAUAGAUUAUUGACUUUCAGGUAUUCCUUUAUAGUGACAGGAGUAGACCAAGACAAAAUCUAUGUAUCAUCUAUCUAUCUGUCUCCCUACUCCCACUUCUGUGACAGGAGACUUAUCGCCUGGUCCUGCCCUCAACCCAAGCUUCUGUGACCAUCUCCCACUCAAAUCUGCCCCAACAGUAACCUCAAGUGGGCUUGAGUCCUUGUCACCCCAACUUGCACUAAUUUUGUUUCCUAUGCUUCAGAAUUGUACUUGUUAAUAUAUAACAAUAUUCGGGCUACCCUAGUUCAUGUAACACCUUUGAGAAGUGGCAGUGAGCAAUUGCUUCCGCCAGGUGCACACAGCCCCACACCAGUGUGCAGGGUCUGGUUAGUGGAGGACAGCCUAGGCUGCAGCUGAAUCUUACCUCAUCAGGGCACAGCCAAGCCAGGUCCUGAAGGCAUGGCCCCUGGCUGGAUUAUUGCGAGGCAGUGGACACCUUCACAGCUAUUCGCUUUAUCUUUAUGACUGUUUCCCAAAGGUUCCCCUGACUUGAGCUCAAAGGAAGGUCUCUCAGGGCCGCCCAUCCUGACUUUCUGGUCACAUCACAAAUGACCUUCCCAAGGGUCACAUCUUCACUAAACACACCUGGCCUCUUCCAGACCCCACCAUUGCUACAAGCCUGAGGCAAGAGGGUACCCACUUCUCUUCUCUGUCUCAACACAUCCACCUGGGCCUGGCUUUCACUGAUUCCUCACAGCAUGGCCGAGACCACAGUGUAAUGUUUAACAGGGUUUCAUCAGAGGUCAAGGCUAAAGGAAGGAACGUAAAAUCACAUAGGGGUGUUUUGGCUACACGAUAACCUCACAAAGACAUGAUAUCAAUAUAUUUCCCAAAGUCUGGUUUCAAAAAGUCUUGGGAUGCAGCAUUACACGUGGGCUUGCUGUGAGAAAUACACAUACUCCUGGACUUACUAUGGGGUCCCAUUCAGACAAACCUGUUGCAAAUAUCACAGUCCCUUAGCUCGACUCCCUUAAACAUGCUCAGAACAUACAUCAACUUCAGCUGGGCAAAGUCACCCAGUGACACAGGACAACGUAGAGUAUCAUCAUUCACCCUCAUCAUCGUGGCCGACUGGGAGCUGCAUGCAGCCCACUGCCGCUGCUCAGCAUGGAGAGGGAGUAUCGGACCACACAUCACUAGCCCGGGAAAAGAGCAAAUGGCAAAAUUCAUUCCAAGUAUGGUUUCUAUGGAACACGUGUCACUUUUACACCAUCAUAACGUCAAAAAAUCAUUCCUGACCUGUAGAAUCUGGGAGCAUAAGGAUGACAUGGUUGUUUCAUGGUUUUUUAAUGCAACAAUAGGCUCUCUAGUCCUCAUCCUCCAUCCAAGUGGCCGUCUUGUGCAGGUAAUUCUUUUCUCUCCCCUCACCCUUUCCCCCUGCUUUUCCCUACUGUCUCUCCUCCUGUUUCUCUCUGAGUCUCUUUCCCGUUUCUGCCUUCCAGAGCAUCCUCUGCAGUUCGAGGUCAUCCUCUUCUCCAGCUGCCGCUGCAGAACCCCAAGUGUGGUCCCCACGCCCCCUCACUGUACACUUCGGCAGGAAGGCGCCUCUGUGUCCCCCAUCCUCACCCUCCACUGCACCUGUCCUGCUUCGUCUCUUCCUCCUGGACUCAGGUUGGCCUUAGGCCCUGCUCCAAAAGGAGGACAUUCACCAGAGCUUCAGACUUCCUCCUGCUGCCGCUGCUCCUCGGAAGCUAACCUGGUGACUGCGGAUGUCUAG